CGGAACGCUCUGCGCGCGCCUUCUGGAAGGCGGGGCUGGUUGGCGUCGUAGCCGGUAGGCCGGGGACGCUGUCUCUCCUCCCAACUUCAACGGCUCUGGCGGCUGAGUGCCUGCCGGUGGCCGGAUUCCCAGCACCUGGGCUGCCACGUUCUGUCCAUGGGUGUUUCACUCCCUGGAGUUGUGCAGUGCAGAGCAUGAAGGACUAUACGAGUUGACCCUUUCCAGAAAUAAGCAGCUAAACAUUUACCAUUUUGGAGUUUAAAGUAUGUCGUCAUGGCAAAGUUUCGAAGAAAGACUUGCAUCAUUUUGUCACUUUUUAUUCUAUUUAUCUUCUCUCUGAUGAUGGGUUUAAAAAUGCUGAGACCAAAUAAAGCUACUUUUGGAGAUCCUUUUGGACUGGACCUUCUUCCAGAACUUCGUCAACGAUCUCACUUGGGGAAAAGUUUUGAUUCCCAAAAGAGUGACAAAAUCAACAGUGAAACAAAUGUCAAGAAUUUAAAAAGUGUUGAAAUCACUAUAAAAGCUUCCAAAGCUUCUGAACCUAACCUGGAAGAACAGCCACCUCUGAAUUAUUAUUUACAUGUAUUUUAUUACAGUUGGUAUGGAAAUCCACAAUUUGAUGGUAAAUAUGUACAUUGGAACCAUCCAAUCCUGAAGCAUUGGGAUCCUAAAAUAACCAAGAAUUAUCCACAAGGGAAACACAAUCCCCCAGAUGACAUUGGCUCCAGCUUUUACCCUGAGCUGGGAAGUUAUAGCUCUCGGGAUCCUUCUGUCAUUGAAACUCACAUGAAACAAAUGUACUCAGCUUCAAUUGGUGUACUAGCCCUGUCUUGGUACCCACCCCAUUCAAAGGAUGAGAAUGGAGAACCUACUGAUGACUUGGUACCAGGUAUUUUGGAUAAAGCUCAUAAAUAUAAUCUGAAGGUCACUUUUCACAUCGAACCAUAUAGCAAUCGAGAUGAAAACAACAUGUACAGAAAUGUCAAAUAUAUUAUAGACAAGUAUGGGAAUCAUCCAGCCUUUUACAGGUACAAGACUAAGAACGGCAAUGCACUUCCUAUGUUUUAUGUCUAUGAUUCCUAUAUCACAAAGCCUGAAAAAUGGGCCAAUCUGUUAACUGCCUCAGGGUCUCAGAGCAUUCGCAAUUCUCCUUAUGAUGGAUUGUUUAUCGCACUUCUUGUGGAAAACAAACAUAAAUAUGAUAUUCUUCGAGGUGGUUUUGAUGGAAUUUAUACGUAUUUUGCCACAAAUGGCUUUACUUAUGGCUCAUCUUAUGAGAAUUGGGGUAGGCUAAAAUUCUUUUGUGAUCAAUUCAACCUAAUGUUUAUCCCAAGUGUGGGUCCAGGAUACAUAGAUACCAGCAUCCGUCCGUGGAACGCUCAAAACACUCGGAACCGAGUCAACGGGAAGUACUAUGAAACCGCUCUGAGUGCCGCGCUCCAAGCCCAGCCCUCUGUGAUUUCUAUCACCUCCUUUAAUGAGUGGCAUGAAGGAACUCAGAUUGAAAAAGCUGUUCCCAAAAGAACCAGUAAUACAGUGUACCUGGAUUACCGGCCUCAUAAACCAAGUCUCUAUCUGGAACUAACUCGCAAGUGGUCUGAAAAAUACAGUAAAGAAAGAGCAACUUACGAGUUAGAUCACCAGCUGCCUGUUUCUUAAUGCGUUGAGUAAAGUUUAUUAAUUAUAGAAAUGACCUAAUUUCAAUAAAUGCCUUUUGUUCUGAGUUAUGGAAAGAAAACUGUCAAAAUCAGUAUGCACUGAAACUAUUGUCUUUAAUAAAAAUAAUUUGUACUUUUUUAAAGGUAGCAAUAUUGUCAUUGCCACCCUUCACAAUGCUGCAGUGAGAAGAUGAGAGUUGUGCGGAUAACAUUCCCUGUGGCAUGAGUUGCUGAAUUUCUGAUUGAAAGUGAAAUCCUGCUUUGAUAGUAGUUUAAUUUUUUUUUUCACAACAGAUAAAUGCUUGUGUUACCGAAAGUAGCUAGCACACAGUUAAAUCCUACUUGUAUUCUGGGCCCAAAGAAAUAGGAUUGUGUGUAUAUUUGGUAUGUCUAUUGAAGAAAAAAGACCUAAAAGAUAUUGUACAUGUUUCAUUUCUAAUUUUUUUUCAAUGAUUCCAUCAGCUUUGUUGUAUUAGUGUUCAAGCUCUAUCUAGGUAACUCUCCAAUAAUAAUUCUUAAGAAGAAUAGAAUCAUGUACCUUAAGCUGUGAACCAUAUUGUGUUAGGAAGGCCUGCUUUCUGCAGCAUAAUAUGUAUCAUCAUUGGCAGAUUUGGGUUACCUAAAGCACGUCAGGUGUUUUGCAUGUCUACUGUUUCUGCUUUGUAUGCUAAAUUUUAGAUUUUAGAAGCUGUGGAAAGUUUCUUCAUAAAAGUUACCUACUGCUUCUCAAUUAUUAAGAAAACAUAAUUGUUUCAUAAUUAUUAUGAAGAUAAAAUGCCCAAAAUGUUAUCAUUUUUGGGAUACCUUAUCAAUCUUUGAGUACUCUGUUAUUCGUGUUACCUUAUCAAUCUUUAACUUACUCUGUUAUUCAUGUUUUUAAAUUUAAGGUUAAUCAGAGACCAACUGUAAGAUAAGAAAGAAGCUGAUACUAUCAUUGGAUUGCCUUCUUUUAAUAUUUUAAGCUAUUUUUACCAAGAGUAAUAGAGAAAACUUACUUAUUAGCAUUUUAGAUUUUAGGGAAAUGGAAAUGAAAAUUCCUUUAUAUCAUAAAUUCAUUCCUGAAGUUUGACUUUUGUUUAACGUUUAAUGAUGGAAAUAAAAUUUCAUUUAAAAGAUAAUACUUUAUUUUAUAUAAUAAUAUCCCUAUUUAAAAACAUUAUACUUUUAUGGUACCUAUCAUGUAAAAUACUUGUGAUCAAUUAUUGGUCAUAUUGUGACAAAUUAAUCACCUAAUGCCAAAAAUGAAUCUCUUUACCUUAAAAACUAGAGAAUAAAAUGCAUUCUAUCAUUGUUAAUACUUGCAACUAGAACUAUAGUAAAAAAAUUGAAUAUAUAUGCAUGCAUAUUAUUUCUUAGAUAUUUAAUUUAUCAAUGAGAAGCAAUAGGGUAAUACUAAACAAUAAUACUAUAAAUCUUUAGAGAAUAAAGGCAUUCAUUCAGAAACAAAUUAGCAGUGGAAUUUAUUAUAAAAUAGCCCAUCAGAUGUUGAAACUUAUUUUUGAGCAGUAGUUUUGAAGUAAAAUAUCAUGUCUUUGAAAAGAGGCCUGAUUAAUGUUAAACUUAUUUAUAACUUAAGAAUUUGCCAUUUCUCGGAGAAUGAUCAGGCCACAGGAAAUUAGUACAAUAUUAAUAAUCUACUUUCUAGAGGAAAUUACAAGAAUAAAUCACUAUGAGGACAUAAAACCAAGUAUGUUCAUAGAAACAAUCAUACAGAUAUAACCUGUGUAUUUUUUUUUCUUAUGUCCAGUUAGCCAUUAUAUGUUGUCUUAGGGAUAAACUCUAAAUAUGUCAUACCUAAUCUUUUAUAACAUACAAUAUUUUAUUAAAGUUUAGUUAGAGAACUAUCUACUAUAGAGGAAUUUUUGUCAUUGCUUGUGUUAUAUUUUUGAAUCCACCAUAACAGAUAAUUUUAUGAAAUAGUUUUAAGAUUAAGGGAAAGUAUAUAGACACAAGGUCAGCAAAUCCUCACAAUGGAUACCACCACUUUCUAUCCUGCUCCCAUUGCAGACAUAGAUAAUCUACUACAGCACACUUUACCUCUGAGUUUUGUUGUGGUUUCCAACACAUUACCCCAACCAGCCAGUAAUAAUCAGUCAGAUUUCAAAGUAAAAUGAAACAGAUUCUGUCUUCCUCACUGAAAGUUAUUCUCAAGGAAAGAAUGCUUGGAAUCUGAUCUCAUAAUGGUUUACUAAUAUAUAAUUAUAUGAAUUUCAUGUUUCUUUUCUCCUGUUUUACAAAACGGUUAUUAGGAGGAAUUAUUUCUAAUAAUAUUGUUAUUCUUUGGGAGGAAAGCUUUCAGAAUCUUCCUCAGGUAUUCAUGACAGCUGCCUUUACCAUUUGACUUGUAGCACAGUUUAGAUCAUUGUGAUCACAAGUAAAUAAGAGCAAAGACUUGAUUUUCUAAUUUUAAAAACUAUAGGUUUGAAUUCAAUAAACUAACUGUUAAAAGAAAAAGCAGUGUAAUAUAUGCAAUGCAUGAGUCAUAAUGAAUUGUUUUAUAGUUUAAUCAGUCUAAUUGUUUUGACUAUAUAGAAACCAAAUCUUUCUUUUACUCCUCCCCUUAAGGACUAAUAUUGUCCGAAACUGCUGUUAUUAACAUUUAUCUUAGUUGUAUGUUAACUUUUUUCUGUUUUAAGAGUGUGUAAUUAAAAGAUGACUAUUUUGAUAUAUGGAGUACUUAACUUUCAUCUAAUAAGAGCAUACAUGAAAUAUGUCUUAGAUAUAAAAAUUUAGUCCUUUCUAUUUAUGAAAUAUGUUUAAUUUCUGAUUAACAAAUGAAAAGUAGUAUUCACUCAGCACUCUUUCUAUAUUUUCUCUGAGAGAUGUAGCACUUACAAAGUAGAUAGCUAUCAACUGUACAUACUUUUUACAUCUGUGAAUUUGUGUUAUACACACACAAACAUAUAAAGUUUUUAAAGAAUUUGGGGAACAUUUUCUUAUUUUUUUAUUCUUUGGGCAUAAUCAUAUAUUAGCUCUGACAUCCUUUAGGAAAUUGAUCUUCCUCUAAAACAGCAAAAGUAACAAGCCACCAGAGAACCUACCAAGUUCAUAACCAUGUGCUUUUUAAAACCAAUUACAGUUACUCAAUUUAAACUUGAUGAUUGUUCCUAAACUCUAUAGUGCCUACAGAAAGUCUUUAAAAGUCUGUAUCUGAAUUUUGAAUUAAGGUCAAACACUCCCAUGUCCCAUAGUGUAGAAGCAAUACUUUAUGACCAGCAAAAGUUCAGUUAUUUUUAUAAAUAUUUACAAUUUCAACAUGAAAAAUUGAUUUAGCCACAAGCAAAAGAGUGUUUUGGCUCAGAUAAUUCCUCUUUCAAGAAAUGUACUCCAAAUUAAAUUUUAUACUGACUUUGUUAUAUGUCCACAUAGAAGCUAAAUGUUAUUAUAUGCUUAAUGUAAGACUAUUAUACUUGAGAAUUCAGGUACUACUUUGGCUUAAUUACUUCACAGAGACUCAUUCAUCCUCAGGCAAAUCAAAGAACUUAGUAAUGCUGUUAUAGUCCAACUAUCAGUGAAGUGAGGAGCUCUUUACAGUGUGAUUAGCUUUUGUCGUUGUUGUCAUAUAAGUACUAUUUAUGAUAUUAAAAGACAAAAUAAUUUAAUAUCUAAUUAGCAAAUAGUCAUAGAUAGAAAAUUUACUAAGUUGAAACAUAGUGGUACAUUUAUAUUGGAUAUUCUAGACUUCUUUUAAAAGCAUCUUAUAUUUUGAAUUUCAUGUUUCUCAAUUUAUAUAAAAAAAUAAAGUUCAAAAACCUUUUAGAAGCUACCGCACCGAAAUAAAUAUUUCAUGACACCAGUGACGUACUAUGGUAAGAUAAUACUACAUAGGAUUCAACUUAUGGAAUAUGGCUGUGUCAUCAUGCUUUAAGUGGUUUUGUUUUUGACUUUGUGAAAAAACAGAUUAAAAAUCCUAGCAAAAAUCACAGUAAACAACACAAAAAGUGGCAAUCUUCAGCUACUUAAUCACAUUUAAAGUAAAUACGUUAAUUAUAACUAAGUCCAUGCUUAAGAGUAUUUCUGUCAGUUUUACAAAAGCCGUUAUCAAAACUGUAUGACCGUGUUAAUUUGAUAAUAAUGUCUAAUGUAAUGUGAUCUUUACCCUGAUCUUGAAAACAUCAAAUGCAAAAAAAGAGAAAUAGAAAAAAUUCACUUAUAAAACAUGCAGCAAAUUUUAGAAAUUUGUUUGGAACACAGUCACCUGGGAGUAGCGUGGCACAACUUUUUUUGUACGUACUAAAUUUAUAUGUAUUGAAUGCUGCCUUUCUAUACCUAAUUUUUCAUUACAAACUCUUAAGCCAUUAAUAUUAAAAUGGAGCAGUCUAAUCUCUGACUUCAUGUAAAAAGCCAACUGCAAAUCUGAUUACUAAAUUCUUACUUGAAAAUUUGCUGUGUGGUUAUAUUUAUUAAAGUACAUUCUUGAAACUUUGCUCUUGACUUUUUAGGUAUCUUGUAGGAAAAAUAUUUAGUGACAGGCAUUAUAUGAACAGUAGCUGAGCUCACAUUCUGUUUUAUUUUUCCUUAUAUGAGUACUAUGUGUUUGUAGCUAAAGACUUAAUUUAAUCCCCAAAUAAAAUAUUCUGUCAAUGCUCA